AUGGCGCUUGGACGCGGCGCGAGCGACGCACCGCGCGAUGCGGCGCGCCAAGACGCGCACAAAGACGCCACUGCGGCCCGUACGCGGUUUAUCUUAACCCUCUCGACCGUCGCAUUUGUCACAGGCGCCGCAGGGACACUUUUCUACUGUAUGCGCCGCAAACCCGGCACGCCGAACGUGCAUGCAGUGACGGGCGACGCGCGCGCCAUGGCGCAUGCGGCUGCCAGCGAGGAGCAAGCGCCUGUCAAAACCCCUCUUGCGCUCUUUCGCGAGAUGCAUGCUGGGGCAUGGCGUUUUUUGUCGCCCCGAGCGCCCGCGAUGCACGCCAAAGCGCCCGCGAGCGCAGUCCGGGCGGUGCCUGCAAAGCGCACCACGAUACAAGCAGCGCCUGUAGGCCUCGCGAAGCUGAAGGCCACGCCGGCCACGCCCCCAGUAACGACAGUGAUGGCCGCCGCGCCGCACGCCGCGCCCACGUCGUAUAGCAUCGGCGUGCUGGCACCCACGCCAGAGCGCACACCGCACGAGCCGCGCGACCAGACAUCGGACGGGCCAUUGCUGGCGCUCGGUGCGUUUUCUCUAGCCACCUCUAUUGUUGGUGCGUCGGCUCUUGGCGCCGUGCUUUGGGUGCGCUACUAUUUUGAAAUCUCCUCGGUCGACGAAUUUGUUGACCGCAUGCGCGCUGCGCUCUCGCAAUGGCGCUUGCAUACGUACGUGCAGUACUACAUGCCUUCUUUCAGCGAGGAGGAUACGGCGCCACACGCGAUGGACAUGCGACUAGCGCCGGAAGAGCUGCACGCCCGCAUCGCAGAUACACAAGACCCUGCCGAGUUUUUGCGGCUGAUGCGCGUCCAGCUGGACCAAGAGUAUGCAGCACACGAAGAGGCGCGCGCUGCACGGCUCGCUGCGCGUGCGCAGAGCAAAAAGCUCGCCUCUGUACCAUAG